AUGGAUAUUUUUCAACCUAAUCAAUUGACCGAUGAUAUGAUGAAUUUAAGUUACGAAAAGUUCUAUGAAUUUUUAAAAACUACUUUGAAUAAUGAUUUAUGUGAACUUUUUCGAAUUCAAGCUAUUCGAGAUAUGUUUUCUCUAUCAUCAACAACAGUCGAUCAAUUAAUUGAAGUUUUCAAUUGUGAUAUUCUGGAAUUGCACCCUUUGAAACAAAAACUUGGUUGUGUUUCCACAAAUGGAAAUUUUUAUCUCCGACUUGGUUUUCGAAAUUCACUUGAUCGUUUAUUAUCGUUAAUAAAGACGAAAAUGAAUUCACGUAUGAACAAUUUAAUUGUACCAGUCAAUCACAUAGAAUGUGAUAUUACACAAAAAUUAACAGAACUGAUGGGAAGGUACACCUAG